AUGUCCAUAGAUGAUAACUUUUGCUCGUUUAGUGUAAGUUCUGCCUUUUCUAUGUCUGAUAAUUACUUCUCCUUUAGUUUACCAAGAGCAGUGCCUAAUGUUCAAAGAGCCGUGGCAUUGGUAGGGAUAGUCAUCAUCUUUGUAUACUACUGCUUGUUGCAUAAGAGAGGAUCUUCAGAAACCAAUUCAUCGGAUCCAUCUCUACAAGUGGGACGAAAUGUUGAACUAUCUUUGAGUGGAGGCGUCUCUUUUGGAUCUGAUAUCCAAGGAGCACGAUGCUUUGCCCUGGAGGAACUAAACCUGGCUACUAAAAAUUUUAGUGAGAUUAAUCUCAUUGGCUUUGGAACAUUUGGUGGAGUUUACAAGGGACUACUUCAGGAUGGGAUGAUAGUUGCUAUUAAGAGAAGGGUAGCUGCACCUAGUCGGGACUUUACUGAAGAGGUACGUUAUUUAUCAUCUAUCCGGCACCGAAACCUUGUGAGCCUCUUGGGCUAUUGCCAAGAAGAAAAUCUGCAGAUGCUUAUCUAUGACUACAUACCAAAUGGCACUGUUUCAACUCAUUUAUAUGGUACAGGCCCAGCGUCGAGUGAAAGAUUUGAAUUCAAGCACAGGCUUUCGAUAGCCCAUGGAGCAGCUAAAGGUUUGGGUCACCUGCAUUCUCUGAAUCCCCCUUUGAUACACAGGAACUUUAAAACAGUAAAUUGUCAUGUAGAUGAGGAUUUCAUACCAAAAGUUGGAGAUGCUGGUCUUAGAAGCUUGCUUGCCAGAAUAGAUGGUUCCGCUUCAUCUUCCCGCAUUUUGACAGAUGACAUUUUCGUUGAUCCUCAGGUGAAAGAGUCCGGAAGAUUUUCUGUGAAAAGUGAUGUAUAUAGUUUUGGAGUGUUUCUUCUGGAGUUAGUAAGUGGACGGGAAGCAAAGUCUGAUCCAAGCAUCAUUGAAUGGGCACAAAACUAUCGAGAGUCUAGCAAAAUCUCUACAGUCGUCGAUCAUAAGAUGGGCAGCAGUUUCACCUCCGAAGGCAUGAAGGAGUUCCUACGAUUGAUCUCCUGGUGUCUGCACCCAUCUGGUGAGCGGCGACCACCAAUGAACUAUGUGGGGUUGGAGCUUGAACGGAUUCAUGACAAAGAAAUGAGCUUGACAACAAUCAUGGGAGAAGGCACAACCACUGUGACUCUUGGAAGCCAGCUAUUUACAUCAUAACGGAGAUCAUGACAGUUCUACCUCAACUGUGAGUAGUUUCUUUGAGCAUGGUUUUCGACCUGUAAAUGAAAUGUCAGCUGCAUGAUAAUUGUAUAAAAAUAACAGCUGCCCCCAUUAAUUUUAUUGUUUCCUUUCAGCCAUAAAUGUAUUUCUGUCCAUCCUGUACAAAAUAAGUUUUGUUUGCUAUAUCAUAUAAAUUAUCGAGUUUUGGUGGUUUUUGAGGUGUUUUUUAAUUGAA